GUUAAAUCACAAUUCAAUAUUUAGUCUGUGUCUGAAAUCGCGCAUGGCCAGGACAGCCUCGAAGGGUCAAGAUGCAACGUUGAGGCUGUCCUGGCCCGGGUUGGGGGCCAGCAUGGGAGAGCCCGAAACGGAGUCGUCGUUCAAGGAUGAGAAUGCUUUGUGGAUGUCGGCAAGAGUUGUGGAUCGAUCAGGGCCUGCGAUAGGGCUCCAUCAGACGAAUCCGCGGACGUCGACGGCACGACUUGUGGAUCCGUUGAGUUCUGCAGUCGGGCUCCCCCAGACGACGAUCACGGACAGCGCCACCGUCAUUACGACACACGAGCAAACGCAGCGCACGAUAGACAAUUGGAUGAUGGCCGAAUGCAUCGUGUUCAACAUGAUGAAGAGCGAAUACUGGGACAAAAUGAUGCACCUGCUAAUGACUGCGUUGAAAGGCUUCAGCAAUCUGCUUGAGCUCGAGAGACAGCUCAACAAGUCAUGGAGGAAGGUCACAAAGGCUUCCAAGUUUCUAGCCCGGAGACAUUUGCACGAGUUGGAUCAGGCCACAAGGACCAUGACUGUUGAGCAUGCCAACAAAUACAAAGUUGCGAGGGCAAUUGCAUGUGCACCACCCUCGAUCCCAGCCAAACGAGGGAGAGGGAGACCUCGGAAUGAGGCUGCAACUCGAGGCGGGACAGGUGAUGAGGAGGCUGACGACGUGGAAGGUAGCAAUUUGGCAGGAGGUCCUGCACCCGCGCAUGUCACAAGAAAGUGGGGACGACCGCAAAAGGAGCCCGUGCAAGAGGAAGAAGCAACUCAAGGGGGGACACGUGAGAAGGAGGUUGAGGAUGUGGAAGGUGGCAAUUUGGCAAGGGGUCCAGCACCCGCACGUGGAACCACAAAGUGGGGACAAUCGCAAAAGGAGCUUGUGCAAGAGGAGGAGGCAGCGCCAGAAGGGACAAGCAAUGAUGAAUGUGGUGGCGGCGGUGAUCAAAAAUAUGGCAGCAGUGACAAAAGUGAUGGCAGUGGCGAUGGUCACGACAGGAGCGGUGGCAGCGAUGGGACUGAUGACAGUGGCAAGGAGGAUGAAGGCGAAAGGCGACGAGAAAGAUGGUUGUUCUUCGAAGGAGGAGGGCGACUCUGAAUCAGAACCCCUGUCUAAACUCCACAAGACAUCCCACUAAUGCAACCCGCAA